AUGUUUAGUCAAAAGCAAAUCACCCCACCACCUAACCUACCUUUAGCCUCCAACUCAACUUAUAUUACCAUAGGCUUGUUCAACAUAUCAACCAACUUUCAACAGGACGUCUUUACUACCAAAAUUGAGCAAAUGUUGAUUGAACUAAAUCGACUUGUUAAUCAAGCAGGCGAUAUUCCAUUUUCCUUAUUGCCACCACAUCACGAUGUCAUCUUGGUCAUGCGUCAGAUCCCUCUCUUGAUCAACCAAAGUUCUACACCUUUACUACUUUAUUCAGUUGUCGAAAGAAUCAUGUGUCAGUUAUAUCAAUCAACAACGCCUUUAGCUAUUGAAGUCUAUUGUCGAUUCCUUCAAAUAUUGAUGGACCUUUCAGCCACUGUCUCAAAAGACAUCCUUUCUUGGAUACUUUAUUCAGAUGAUCCAAGAAAGUAUAAUGCGAGAGUGAUGAGUGCCCUGAUAAAAUCAGGACUGGUACGCAUAGAAGAGUUUGAUACUCAGUUGUCAAAACAGUUGGAUCAGUCACAAGACCCUCAGCUCAUUGAGUUUGCUGUCACAUUAUUAAGACUUUGUAUGCUUAUGCUUCACCCCAUUAGUUCAAUAGAUGACCAUUUAUUGACAAUUAGAGCACUCAUGCGACUGGACCAUGCCUUGGCAAAGGAGUUGAUUCAGGAAUUGGAAGAUCAAUGGAUGGCGAAAUAUAGGAACCCAAAAAAUGAUACAUUCACUCUCAGACUCUUGUUUGCCGAAUGGAUUCGAUUAUACAAGCAUGCACUUACAGCAAGCAGCACAUAUCACCAAUUUGCGAAAAAAAUCAUGAAGACCGUAACAAAUAAUCCAGAUAGAAUGUGCUUCUUUUUUAGACUUUGCACAGAAGUUUGUGUAGAAUUAUAUCAGUCAACCAAGUCUCAUUGCAUUGACGCCUAUAGCAAACUUGUUAGUAACAUCAUUCGAAUUAAUCAAGACUCGAUCAAGAUAUCCUGUCAAGUACUAUCUAUCACUGUUCUCGUGAUUGCCGAACACCAUGAGAAAUUAAGCACUCAAUUCAAUCAAAAGCCAUUCUUAAAGCUGUUGGGAUCGCUGUUUAUUGAGCUGAACAAUGUGAAUGAUAGAGAAAGCUUUAUUGGAAUUUACGGAGAUGUGCUCUAUACACUUCGACCAUUAAAGUUCCCUGGAUUUGCUUAUUCUUGGCUACAACUAUUCUCUCAUCGACUCUUUUUACCUUUACUGCUCAAAGAAGAAAAUGAAGGCUGGACGAUUUGUUACAAGCUCAUGUCGGCGCUGCUUUCUUUUAUAACCGUGCUACUCACACCGACAGAAGAGCCCGCGAGAUUAUCAAGAUCAGCCAAGGCAUUUUAUCAAGGUUCACUUAGAUUUUUAGUGGUCAUGCUACAUGAUUACCCUGAAUUUCUCUGUGAGCACUACUUUUCGUUUAUCCAGUUACUGCCAUUAAGUUGCGUACAGCUUAGGAACGUCAUUUUAAGUGCAUUCCCUCGCACUAUGAUAUUGCCGGAUCCGUUUACGAUCUCACUGGGUUACGUUGCUAACAAUACAACCAAACCAAAGCUGCUACAGAUAAAAGAAGAGGAUGCGUUGAUUGAGAUUGGCGCUUACCUGACAACAAAACAGAGUAAGAUGUCGAUUGGCAGUAGUCUGGUCAGCUAUAUCUCUUCACGAGAUGAGAAGCAGCCAUGUGAUGUUGAAAGGAUACAAAGGCUUGUGUUCUAUGUGGGCAGCCAUACAACAGUGGAUACAAAGAAACCAUUGUCUGAAAACCCAGCCAUGCAGAUCUACAAGUAUCUACUGGCAUAUUUUUCAUCCACUAGUAAUAGUUUUGGACAGUAUGCGCUGUUGAACUGCAUUGCCGAUCAUUUACGGUAUCCCAACAGUCAUACUUAUUUCUUCAGCAUGGCCAUCCUUCAUCUAUUUAAUUCACAAUCACAACAAAUUAAAGAACAGAUAACAAGGCAAAAUAUUACUAGAAAGGCUGAUAGUGAAUCGACCUCACCCAUGGGGCCUGUUAACAACAUUUGUUCAGCUCAUCAAAGAGUCUCAUUUUAA